AUGUCCGAUGUGGUAAACGUGCGGGUGAAAGUCACGAACUUGUUGGAUCAGACCACAACAGGCUUGAUCCACUCGUUCAACCCGUCCCAGUCGGUGCUUGCAUUGAAGGUGGAGCCUCUGAGGAUCAGAAUCAUCAACACUGCAUUCAUCAAGGCCGUGCAAGUGGUUCAGCCUCAUAAGAAGCAUUACUACAGAAAUUCAUAUCCCCGUCUUUCCAAAGUGGAUCUUCAAAAACUCGAAGCUGACUUGAAUGAGGCCAUGGCCAAGUAUACGCCGUUCGAAGAGCAUGACAAAUCGCUGCAGAAACCGCUGCAGAAACAGCAGCAGCAGCAGCAUCAGCAUCCGCAACAACAUCAACAACAUCAGCUGCAACAACAAGAUAAGCAUCAUCCACAAAACUCUCACCACCACCUGACCUCUCGACAAAACCUGAAGAGGCGAGACUCAAGCUCGCACGCCAGCUCCAACGCCCAGACGAUAUUCAACAGUUUGUCGACUAAGUUUGGCAAGGAAAACGUGCAGUGGCUUCCCAAUGACUCCAUCAACGUGUUCAAAGAUGUGGUGAUAGCAAAACCGUACACCUUAAACAAGAUGGGCGGCAAGCGAUCACCAAAGGCUGAGGAGGUGAGAAAUGCAUUGAGGCUGAUCCUCUUGGAUGUGGGUCCCGGAAAUCGGGGUGGUUAA